CCGCCUUGGCUCAGAAUGGAGACCGACGAUUUCUCUUCUUUCCAUCAAAGUGGCGGGGCCAGUGGGAGUGGUGGGGGCGGGAGUGGGGCGGGCGAGGAGUCCUACGACCCCAUGGCCUACUAUCGCCAACAACAACAGGAGAUGCUGCGUCAAGCCACGCAACAUGUUCAAGCCUCACAAGAAGAGAUCCAACAGGCCCAACAAUAUGCUCAACAACAAGAGAUGCGCAUGGACACCUCUGAAACCGCUCCGGACACUCCAGAGCCUGGUGGUGGACGCCGGCGAUCGCGUGCAGCUGCUAAUCAGGCCAAGCAAGCACUCUCCAUGUACAAUGACAACGACCAGGCCGAUGUGGAUGGCUAUGACCGGCCGGCUAUUGCGCCCAUGCGUGUGUCUGAACUGGGAGGCGGAGGAGGAUUUUCGGGCCUGCGUGCGCGAGGACGCGGGAGAGGACGCGGACGUCCCCCAGGCGCCAGCACCAGCGUCAUGGCAACGCGCCGCAACAAGGUGGUCGUGCCAGGCUAUGGUGAUGAGCCGACGCGACGCAAGCCGGGACGACCCCGCGUCCUGGUGACCUCAGAGAUCUUGCCGGAAGACGAGUCCAGUCUGUAUUUCAUCAUUCGCAAUGGCAAGGCCUCCCUCCAACAAGUGGUGGACGACUGGAUUGAUAGCUACAAGGCGGACAAGAACUCGGCCUUGCUGAGUCUGAUGCAGUUCUUCAUUAGCGCCAGUGGGUGCAAAGGGCGAAUCACGGCCGACAUGCAGGCCACUAUGGAGCAUGCGGAUAUCAUUCGCACCAUGACCGAGGAGUUCGAAGAGGAGUCCGGCGAGUAUCCUCUGGUGACCACUGGACAGUUCUGGAAGAAGUUCCGCCAAAACUUUUGCGAAUUCAUCCAGAUACUGGUGAAGCAGUGCCAAUACUCGAUCAUCUACGACCAGAAUCUCAUGGACAACGUCAUUUCGCUUCUCACACAGCUCUCUGAUUCUCAAGUUCGAGCCUUCCGACACACGGCCACGUUGGCCGCCAUGAAGCUGAUGACGGCCCUUGUGGACGUGGCCUUGACCGUGUCCAUCAACCUGGAGAACACUCAACGCCAAUACGACUCUGAGCAGCAGAACAACCGCUCUUCCGAGCGCCUGGAAUCCCUCAUGACUCGGCGCAAAGAGUUGGAGGAAAACACCGACGAGAUCAAGAACAUGCUCACGUACAUGUUCAAGUCGGUGUUUGUGCAUCGCUAUCGAGACAUCUUGCCCGAGAUCCGCUCGAUUUGUAUGUACGAGAUCGGGCAAUGGAUGAAGAAGUACCACACGCACUUUCUGGACGAUUUCUACUUGAAGUACAUCGGAUGGACCAUCCAUGACAAGGUCGGGGAUGUGAGGCUCAAAUGUCUCCAGACCUUGCAGCCCCUCUACGCCAGUGAGGACCUCAAGGGCAAGCUCGAGCUUUUCACGAGCAAAUUCAAGUGGGCAAGGCCAGAGAGAACAACAAGGUGAAUUGCGCCAAGACCAUGGCCCAAGCUCUGAUCCUGAAGUUCAAGGAGAUUCAGAUCAUCCAGGACACGUUGCAAAUCAACCGUCAAACGGUCGAGUUCCACUCGCUGAAGGAGCUGGCCAAGCGAUUCGCGGCCUCGUUUGGCCUCGAUUGCCUCAAGAAUCGUGAAUCCGUGACCCAACUCCAUCGGGAAGGGAUCCUUUAUUCGGUGAACCCGCUGGAGAAUCCCAACGACCCCACAGGCCCACCCCCCAAUUUGGCCUUCUUGGAGAUCACGGCCGAGUUCACGAACAAACUACUCAAGCAGGACAAGAAAGUGGUGCUCAAUUAUUUGGACAAACGGAUCACCAACGCGGUGCCCACCAGUCACGGAGAAGAUUGGCAACCUUUGCAUUUGUACCGCAACUCCUUGGUUCACGGUGAGGGUGAUUUGCCCACCAUCACCUCGAAAAGGCCGUACACCCGUAAACGAAAGGCCGACGACGACGACGAAGAGGAGGAAGAGCAGUUCUUUAAUUAAGAUAAAAAUAUCAACAAAAUCUCUGUUACACUUUUUUUUUUUCACCUCUAAAUUUCAAGCCAGUGCGUCAGUAUUCCAUGUGUUGCCCUAAUGUAUUAAAAACAAGCCGAUCUCACUUUGUA